AUGUCGCCCAAGCGUGAGCCCGAGCGGAAGCCGGAGCUCGUGCCCCCCUCCGGGUUCCAGGAGCCCUCGGACCCGUCGCGCGUCGCGCCCGAGGACCGCCCGGAGUCGGUGCGCGGCGUCGGCGCGAAGGAGGAGCCUGAGAACCCGCAGCUGAUUGCGCACGAGAGGGGGGAGCAGGCGACGGACCGCCGGGAGGGUAUUGAGCGGAAGGGCGAGCGGGGGAAGGCGCGGUUGUAG